AUGCGAUCACUUUGUGUUGGAGGCGAAACUGUUUCUAGCAACUCUCUCACUGAUCCUCAUCUUGUAACUGUUGGUGAUCAUGUUCGCUUGAACAUCGGAGCAUACGUUCAGUGUCAUACCUUCGAACAACGUCUACUCAAACUGGCACCUGUCACUAUAAAUCAUUCGAGUGUACUGAUGAGUAGAUCCGUGGUGCUCUCUGGAUCCAUCUUACAAGGGCGAAAUCGUAUUUUGCCAUGUACACUUGUGAUGAAAGAUGAUCAACUGCC